UGGUGGGCGUGGCUUAGCCGGUGCGCUUCCCAAGCCGGGAUGACGGGUCCGAAUGGGGAGCCGCAGCUCCCCAUGGGGCGGGGCGGCGAGGAGGAGGAGGAGGAAGGCUACGGGGAGGCAGAAUAUGCUGCCAUCAACCUGAUGCUGGACCAGAUCAAUUCUUGCCUGGAUCACUUGGAGGAGAAAAACGAUCACCUAAACAGCCAGCUGAAGGAGCUGCUGGAAUCGAACCGGCAGGCCCGUCUGGAGUUCCAGCAGCAGCAGCAGCUUGGACAGGAUGGGACACUCCAGAAAGCCCAGCCGGAUUCUUAAGGGUCGAAAAAUCAACUUUUGAGACUUUAAAGCAGGAAUCGGCAACCUUACAAUACUCAAAGAGCCAUUUGGAAAACACCGGGAGCCACAAAAUCUGACUAUUUCCUGAACGGCCACAAAACUAGCAUAUGUAGUUGAAUUAAAAGUUCUGUUUUCUUCCAAUACUUUUCUUUUCUAGGAUUUAACCACAGUUGGCCUACCGGCGGUCGAAAAGCUCAUAUUUUGAACAACAGGAAGCGCAGAAGAGCGAUGAAAGAUUAUUGGAAAGACACAGGUUGAGACAUGAAAACUAUUAACAAAAUACUAG